AUGUUACCACGUCUGAAAUAUUUCUUCUUUCUCUUCAUAUUUUUAUCUUUCUUCUCCAUAUCCCAGUUCCUUUUCAGAAAAACUCCCUUUUUUAUACACUCACCAAACUCUGAUCUGAAAAAGAAACCGGUCCAUCUCCUGGUUGUGUCAUCCUGGAGAUCAGGUUCUUCAUUCCUUGGACAGAUCUUCAACCAUCACAAUGAUGUCUUCUACCUCUUUGAGCCUGGACAUUCCCUCUGGAUGAAGUUUUCGGGUGAAAGUUCUGAGCUGCUACAUUUUCCCUUAAGAGAUCUUCUACGAUCGCUAUUCACCUGUGAUGUGUCCCCUCUUCGUCAGUAUCUUCAUAAGGGUGGAAAACAUAUUUCUGAAUUGGGUUUUUUUGCAGAAAGUCGUGCACUCUGCACCCCACCAGCUUGUUCAGCCUUUAUGCCUACUGAAGGCUAUGACCGCCUCAAGUGCUACUACCGAUGCAGGAACACUUCACUGAAUAAAAUGGCAGAAUCAUGCAAGACAUACAGCCACGUGGUGAUGAAAACAGUCCGCAUUUUAGACCUUUCUGUUCUUCUUCCCCUUUUCCGAGAUCCUGCUCUUGAUCUUCGUAUUUUGCACCUUGUAAGGGACCCUCGAGCUGUUGCUUUGUCAAGGAAAUCCUUUACUCUCAAUAUUGAGGACCGAAUUGUACUUAAGAGUGAUGGAAAUACAAAUAUUACAAUAAGCAGGGUAAUGAAGAAGAUUUGCAAAUCUCAGGUUGACAUCAACAAUGUGGCUAAAGCAGCGGAGGUGUUGCAAGGGCGAUACAUGACAAUUAGACAUGAGGACCUUUCUAAUGAACCCCUUAAACACAUAAAAAAAAUUUACAGUUUUGCUAGCUUGUAUCUAACUAAAAACCUGGAACAAUGGGUUUACAAUAUCACCCACAAGGAGGUGGAAGGGAUCAUGACUUUCUCACGCGAUUCUUCAAAGGUGGUCCAAAAAUGGAGAACUGCUCUGAAGUUCAAUUUUGUAAAACAGAUUCAAGACAACUGCAAAGAGGCAAUGGAUUUGUUUGGUUACAGGUCAGUAAGGUCUGAAGAAGAACAGCAAAAUUUGACGCUGGGCUUAGUAAAUCAGGAAUAG